AUAAAUAUAUAUAUUUUUUGUUUCAUUUUAUGAUUAUGCAGGUAGAAUAUAUAUGAUUUGAUUCCUUCCUCCUGAAAAGUGCAGUAGCUAGUAGUUGGUGAGAUUCAUUCAUUCAUUCAUUCGGAUCCUCCUUCUUUCAUCAUCAGAUUCAUUCAUUCAUUCACUUUAUUUAUCCACCUCGCUUAAACUCCACUUCAACAAUUUUCCAAUUUUCUCAGAUUCAAAUCCAAACAAACUCAUGGGUAGCACAUUACGCUUAUAUUUAACCUGCAUUCGCAACACACUCCACGCUGCAAUGUGCCUUCAGAAUUUUCCUUGUCAAGAAGUUGAAAGACAUAACAAACCCGAAGUUGAACUCAAGUCCAGCCCUGAACUCCUUCUCAAUCCUGUUGUGAUAUGCCGAAAUGAAGCUGAAAAAUGCUUAAUAGAAACAUCUAUCAAUUCAUUAAGGAUAAGUCUUAAGGUGAAGCAGGCUGAUGAACUUGAAAACAUAUUGACGAAGAAAUUUCUUAGAUUUUUGUCAAUGAGAGCUGAGGCUUUCCAAGUACUGAGGAGAAAGCCUGUGCAGGGAUAUGAUAUUAGCUUCCUUAUUACAAAUUACCACUGUGAGGAGAUGCAGAAGCAAAAACUCAUUGAUUUUAUAGUGCAAUUUAUGGAGGAUAUCGAUAAGGAGAUAAGUGAGCUCAAAAUGUCAGUGAACACACGGGGGAGGCUCGUGGCUACGGAGUUUCUGAAGCAGUUUAUCUGAUGCUUUGGACUAGUUAGAAUUAGAACUACCAAGUCCGUGUAAAUUGUACUAUUUCAAAUCUAGUCCUACUUUCUUUCUGAUUACCAAUGCUCGUGUCUUUAUUAUAUUCAGUAGCAGUAAAGAAUAGUUUCUGUAGAGGGAAAUAUUAAGUCAUAUUGGAAAAUAUUGUGCCUUCAUUAUAAAUGGUUAUCACUUAUCACA